CUGCCACAUGCAUAUCACGCAAACAUGGUGAUUAUAGCUUUGUGUGUGCCUCAUAUGCAUGUUUCAAGUCAAUAUCUUAAUUAGUUGACCCUUUUGUUUAAAAUAGGUAGUCUCAUCAAACUUGUGAUUAAUCACAAACUAAAGCACUGGUCAUCUGCUUUUACACAAAGGCAGAAUAAUCUAAACUACCAAUUAUUUAUGCUUUUUUACUUAGAUUUAAUCUAAGUUGAACCAAAUAAUUCACCCAAUUUGAACCAAGACUAGGGUCUCCAGGAGCCAAGCAUGUGAGUAUGGAAGACUAAUUUUUAUGUCAUAUUUUCAUGUCAAUGCCAUUUCAUCAGCCUCAUGCUUUUCUUGCCUCCACACUUGUCAUACUUUAAACCAGUACCUUUCCUCUUCUCAUCUCACAUCUCUCUCAAUAAGAUGGUGAGGCCUGCUUGUUGUGAAAAGCUGCAUUUGAAAAGGGGUCUUUGGACUGAAGAAGAAGAUGCAAAGAUACUCGCGCAUGGGUUGAAGCAUGGAACUGGUAACUGGACCGCUUUUCCAAAAAAAGCAGGACUUACAAGAUGUGGGAAGAGUUGCAGGCUUAGGUGGACUAAUUACCUGAGGCCUAAUCUUAAGCACGAGUCCUUCACACCCCAUGAGGAGGAAUUGAUUGUCAGGCUUCAUGCAACCAUAGGCAGCAGGUGGCCUAUAAUAGCUCAGCAACUUCCUGGGAGGACAGACAAUGAUGUAAAGAACUACUGGAACACUAAGCUGAAAAAGAAGCUCUCAGGAAUGGGAAUUGAUCAUGUUACUCAUAAGCCCUUCUCUCAAAUCUUAGCGGACUACGGAAACAUCGGUGGCCUCCCGAAAGCUGGAAUGAGAAUGGCAAUAGGUUCUCUCAACAAAGACUUGAAGAAUGCAAUCCUGAUGAAGCCAGAAUUACCAUAUUCAUUGUCAACACAAGGAUUUUUCACUAUCAAUAGCCAUUUGAUGCCAAUGACAAUGAUACCAAUCAAAAUGGAACCAAUUCAAGACGGUUUCUUGAGCAACGCUCAAUCUAGCAACCAACCCUUUGAUCUUCUUACACAGCUGCAGGCCAUAAGAUUGGUGACAGAGGCCUCAAACUCAACCAACCUUGAAUCUUCCCCUCCCAAUUUGUACAUUCAUGAAGGCACAUUGUCAUCAUCACCAUCAUCUUCUACUUGUUCAUCUGCUGCGCAAGAGCAGGCAACCCAGGAGGCCUUUAGCUGGAGCGAUUUUCUCCUUGAAGACGCGUUUUUUCCAACCGUUAAUGCUCAAGAACACGAGAAUAAGGCUGAGCAUUUGUCGAUGGACAUGUUGAACCAAUCGAAAGCAGCAAUAUCGCAAAGCCAAAUUGAAGACCAAGCUGGUGUGCAAACCUAUAAUGAAGUUGAGGCUACAUCUCCAUGUGACAGUUCAUUUGUGGAGGCCAUGGUCGCUAGAGAGAAUGAGAUGUUCUUGGAGUUUCCCCAACUUAUGGAAGAACCAUUCUACUACUGAGUUUACAUUUUACUCCAGAAUUUAUGCCACUGUUUGCAAUAAGAUUUUCUAUAUAAUUAAGCUGUGAGAAUAAGAACCUGAUCACAGGCCUCUCCUCUUGUUGGCACUUUAUGCCUUGCGUUGUAUAAUGCAGCUGAACUUAGUGACUUUCUUAGCAUCAAAGCCAAAAUAGUGGUAU